AUGCCCUCGCCUCAUCGUGGCCGACCCCCGCCGAGCGCUCCCUCCUCCCUAAAAUACCUUGAUAUCGGGUGCGGCGGUGGCAUCUUCGCCGAGAGCGCCGCCCGCCUGCCGACCACGAAGCACGUCACCGCCGUCGACGCGUCAGAGGAAGUCCUCGCCGUCGCCAAAGCCCACGCGCGUCGGGACCCCGGGCUGCGGAGCAAGCUCACCUACAAGUGGGGAUCGAUCGAGAAGCUCGAGGUGCCCGCCCGCCCCGAGGACCUGUACGAUGUCGUCUCCGUGUUCGAGGUUGUGGAGCAUGUCGACGCGCCCGGCCAGUUCCUUGAGACGUGCAAGCCCUUUGUCAAGCCCGGAGGCUGGCUUGUGCUGAGCACUAUUGCGAGGACGUGGAUGAGCUGGCUCACCACGAACCUCAUCGCAGAGGAUAUACUCAAGAUCGUGCCAAAGGGAACGCACAGCUGGGACAAGUACAUAAACGAGGAGGAGUUGCGUGCGUACUUUAGCUCCAUGGGUGGGUGGAACAGCCCGAGGUGCAUGGGUGUCGUGUACGUGCCGGGACUUGGCUGGAAGGAGGUCACAGGCAGCGAAAAGGUUGGCAACUACUUUUUCGCAGUACGCCGAGACGGUCCUGAAAUAAUGAAAGCGUAA